UAUUGUAUUCGCUAUACACUUUAUACUGCUACUGUGCUCUUACUAGAUAGCCGCCCCGAUCAUAGUCAGGGUGCAUGUGAUCUUGGUUUAGUGACUUUGUCGAAACUCACAUAUCCUCUUCAGUAAUGGACAUAUUUGAGCAAGCCGAUGCAUUUACGCCCAGUCGGGCCGUGCUGCAAGAGGAGGAGGAAGCUGCCGCUCCUUCCGCUUCAAAUUAUUUGAGCCCAGCUGUAUGCGUUUGGAACAAAGCGCUGGUUCAACAGCUGUACCCCGAGGGGUUUUCAUGUGAUACGUUGGUCGUGGCGACAUGCCCCACCUCUUGUGCCCUCGUUCGCAGCCUACCCGGCAAGCAGCUCAUAGGGUCCGUCCUGGCCCCCGGUGUGAGCCUCGCGGGCAACAGCCUCGCCUCCUGCUCCAGCCAGGCCGAGCCCCUGCCCUCAGACCGCGUGUGCUGCGUGUAUGCCCUUCCACCGGCUGCUGCCUCUAGCCAGCAGCCCUCGACAGCUUCCCUCGAAGCACCGCAGCAAGGGCAGCAGCAGCAGCAGGCAUCUGCAGUCGGGCCAGGGGCGGGCGGCAAGGGCGUGCUGCUGGUUUGCUGCCAGUACGAGGUGCCUCGGGAGCGGGCAGCCGCAUGGGCUCGUGCCGUACUUGGGCAGUUGUCGUACGGCCAUGCCGUGUUCCUGGGCUCCAUGGCGGCGGAGCAGUUCCGGGGAUUCGGUGACGCCUCUCAGGAGGUGCUGCUCUUCUCGCUGCGGACGCGCGGCGCGCAGCAGGCCCCCCACCAGCAGCAGCCCCCGCCGCUGCUGCCCACGGGCACUGUGGUGGGCGGUCUGCCUGCGGCGCUGCUCUCACACUGCCAGGUCCGCGGGCGGUCAGCUGAGCUGUUCGUCCUAGUGGAGAUGGUGCUGGAGGGGCGGGCGGCGCUCAUGGCGGCGCUGGCGGGGGCGGUGGGGGCCGUGCUGCGCAGCCGCGGCGCCGGGGGCGCUGCGGAGCUGCUGGGCAGCCGAGGCGUGCUGGCGGCGGCACGCAGGGAGCUGGGGCUGGGGGGCCCGGUGUCGGAUGUGUAUGUGUAGCGGACGAGGGGCUGCCCGGAUGGAGUGGUGGAAAAACUGCUUUGGCUGAGUGUUGGAGGUAGUGCAAAUUCGCAUGCAGGUGUUGGGGCUGUGUGUAGGGGGUGGUGAUGUGGCUCGAACGGCUUGAGGUUUGGGCGAGUACCUUAUUGGUGAGUGGGACCGCAGGAGGUGCUGCUAUAGCUAUGGAGGGGCUGCCUAGCGCUGGGGAGCUUGCAGGAGGUUGUGCGACUUGCCGGGCCGGCUUUGCAGCUGAGACUGGACAGGCGGCAGUCCGUUACUUUGUCUCGGCCUGCGACGGCCCCCCACGGUUCCCUUCA